AUGGCGGACCAAGUUGAGCAAGUGACGGCGUCUCUGGCGUCCAUGCAGUCGAAUCCUGCUGCUGUUCCAUCUACAGAAGCUUCCGAUAAUUCUGCUCUUUCUUAUGCAUCGGAUUCAAGCGCUUCUGAAGUCCUGAAACCCGCUUUGACGACCAACAAGAAAGUGCUAAGUCUGGUCAUUGACUCUGGUGCUAUCAUUAAAGGCACGAACCUGGCGGUGCUGGCGGAGAACUUUUGGACCGUGCCUGAUGUGCUGGACGAGAUUCGUGACAAGAAGUCACGUGCCAUUUUAGAGCGACUGCCGUUUAAUCUGCAAACACGUGAGCCGUCGGCGGAAGCAAUGAAGGCCGUGGUCAACUUUUCUCGCAAGACUGGAGACUUUGCUUAUUUGUCGCUCACGGAUCUGCGUGUCAUGGCGUUGUCGUACCAGCUGGAGGUCGAGGCGAAUGGAGCCGACCACCUACGAACAAGUCCCGAACGUUCGCAGACGGUCACGCGCGCUACUAACGGCAAGAUUGUAGGCGGAUCGCAGUCUAACAUUCCGUGCAAAUACUUUGGCACGGCUAUGGGGUGUAAGUUUGGAGACGAAUGCAGGUUCUCACAUGACGCUGUUGAAAAUAAUGAGAAAGCUGCUGAGAUAUCGACGAAAAAGGUUGAUAUUUCCUGUCGAUUCUUCAACACUCCGGAGGGAUGCAAAUACGGGAACGAGUGCUCAUUCACUCACGAAGAGACUGAGGGACGUGUCAAAGAAACGGAGACUGCCGAGUCUGCCGUAGAGCACGUGAUCAGUGAUGACGUCCGUAAUGCUGACGUCAAGUCGCGUAUCAUGGGUGGGUUCGCGGCGUCGAGUAAUGCCGGUGCUGCUGAGGAUGACGGCAAAAACUGGAUCACUAAUGAAAACUUUGCCAAGUUCACGGCAUCUCCAUUUGGCGAUGGUCAAGGCCUGGAGGAAAUAUCGUCCCAGGUUUCUGUAGGAUGCAUCACGACAGAUUUCUCGAUGCAGAAUGUGAUGCUUCAGAUCGGACUUCGGCUUUUAUCGACAGAAGGUAUGCUUAUCAAGCGUGUGAAGCAGUGGAUUUUACGUUGCAUUGCUUGCUUCACGACGUCUACUGAGAUGGGACGUCUUUUUUGUCCCAAGUGUGGCAAUAGUACGAUGGACCGCGUGUCGUACAGUUUGGAUCGCGAUGGUCAAAUGACUUUCUACACACGGGCAAACCGUCCCACUAAACUUUCAGGUACCAAGUUUUCAUUGCCUAAGCCCAAGGGUGGACGUAACGGCGACUUGCUACUCCGUGAGGAUCAGCUUUUGGUUGGUAUUUGGGGUCAGCGUCAGCGCCAGCACAAAAAGGUAAUGCAGAGCGCUUUUGGCGAGAAUGUCGCACACGAUCUCGGUGUCAAGGCCGAGAAGCAAACAUGUAUUACUGUUGGUUAUGGACGAAUGAACCCAAACGCACAGAAGGGUCGUGAACGUCGUGGCAAGAAGAAGCGCAAUUAG